AUGCCAGCCAAUUCCACAAGGCUAAAAUGCCUUGAUUAUAACAGGUUGCCAAAACGCAUCGAUUCUCCUGCACAGUCUCCAGCAGUCAAGGAGUAUCCUCUAACAUGCUUCAGUCCAUUAACCCCGUAUAUGGCAACACAUCCUCCCUAUGGCAUUUUCAAGAUAGGAAUACCCAAUAUGAAAGUCUUACAGAGUUGGAAAGCCACGUAUAACCCAAAUUACGCUAUGUCGAUCACGAGAGAAUCUCUGUCUGACCAUAUGCUGAACCUGUUGCGAAGGGAGUUGGAAGAUAUAUUCUACGAAACUGCAGCCAUUAAUAUCCGGUUGACGGAUUUCUUCAAACAUCGAUGGUUCCAUAUGGGGGCUACUCCCGGCGUCAUGCCAUAUUUUAGCCAGCCACGCUUACCUAUCAACUACUUUCUACACCAAUAUAACCACUUGCCUGAAUAUUUCAACAAACAACUAGUCGUCUAUUUUGAAACCUCCAAAUUUGACAGACAGAUUGGUCGCUACAUCUUUCGCGAGUGGCUUCGCCUGCACCAUGGACGCCCGCCAUUUCAGCGUCAUAAUUUUCCGGCGAUGGCCGUUUGUUUCACCUGCCCGCAAGGACCUCCAAGCGUACAGCAGAUCGUACCUUUCCACCGAGGGUUUUGCAACCGCCUGUCCGAGCGCGUUGACGACCCCGUUGACUUCUAUGCCAGAUACCGGUUAAAAGUCAAGAAUCCCGAUGAAUACUCAUCAUUUGGAUCCUGGCCAAUGCCUAGCACGGAAUUUCUUUCUUGGAAAGAGCAUGGGUUUGCGUUGGGCCACCUUUUCCGAUCCAUUUUCAUGGUCGUAGACGACCAAGUUCGAGACGGGAACUCAAGGACGCCUUUCCCGCUUGAAAUGACACCUGAGGAAAGUAACGGACUGACACUACCCGCUCUUAUGGUCCUCCUCGUUAGGACAGGUGAUGAUGCACACUUGAGUGAUCCCAUCGAUUUCUGGCCUUUGCAUGAAGCCGGCCAAACGUUCGAGAUAAACAGAAGUGAUUUCAGAGGGUGUGCUGAAGGCUGGGUGGUCCGCGUGAGGUUGGAUGUUGCUCUUCAGUUCAUCUUCGAUUUGAUUCAUCGGGAAGAGAAAGCCCUUCCACAUAUUCGCCAGGCGGCCGAGAAGUUGGAAGAGGAGAGAGAUGAAGGGUGUAAGCAGUGGGUCGAGCGAGUUCUAGCCCAUGCCCGGGAGGUCGGAGUCGAUUCAAACGGAUUUACUUGGCAUGGUAUUCGAAGAGCUCAGGCACGACUUCAUGGAGAUAUAUUCGACAACGUUCAGUCCGAGCGUCCCUGGGAGCACCUUACUCAUUGGGACCAUUAA